CAGCGAUGACUAUUCGUAGGGAUAUGGGACAGAGCGUCUCCCGGGCCGGGACUGAGUAGUGACCCACACGUGUGAGCGGAGUGUGAGUGAGAGCCGCCAGCUGCCUGUGAGUGAAGCGCGGGGCACACGCAGAACUUCUACAGAGCGACACUACACAUCCUCUCCCGGGAUUGGCUGGCGGCCCCGUGACGUCACGAGGGGGGUGUUAAUAAAAGCACCGAGGAGGGAGAACACUUUAGAACUAGCAGUGACAGUCAGCGGGGCGAGAGCCACAUCGCGCACUACUGUCACCACCGGAGCAGAUGACCGACACCGGGCAACAACGACUGGUGAGCCCGGCUCCGGCGUCUACAUGCAGCAGGACAGCAUCUCCAGCGCUGGCUGACUACAAGUGACUUCUAGCGCAAGAAAAGUUGUGCAGCGUAAUGGAUCUAUUCACAGUCUCCUCCGCUAACGCAACGACGAGCGGUAACUUCUCCAAGGAGGAUGACAUCAAAGUGUCCGAAGCCUGGAUGGUGGGCAUGGGCAUCUUGAUGUCCAUCAUCGUCCUGGCCAUUGUCUUUGGGAAUAUCCUAGUGAUCACCGCUAUAGCCAGGUUCCAGAGACUGCAGACAGUCACCAACUACUUCAUCACGUCCCUAGCCUGUGCGGACCUGGUGAUGGGCAUGAUCGUGGUGCCCCUUGGUGCCAGUAUCAUCGUCAUGGACACCUGGGAGUUUGGCAACUUGUGGUGUGAGUUCUUCACCUCAGUGGACAUCCUUUGUGUGACUGCAAGCAUUGAGACCCUGUGUGUGAUCGCAGUGGACAGAUACUUUGCUAUCACUUCUCCAUUUAAGUAUCAAAGCCUGUUGACCAAGUGCAAAGCCAGGAUUGUGAUCCUCUUGGUCUGGGUGGUGUCCAUCCUCACCUCCUUUCUACCCAUCAACAUGCACUGGUAUAGGACCGAUGAACCCAAAGCAGUGGCCUGCUACAAGUUGGAGACCUGCUGCUACUUCUAUACCAACCCUGCUUAUGCCAUAUCAUCCUCCAUCAUCUCCUUCUACCUACCCCUGGUGGUCAUGAUAUUUGUCUACAUCAGGGUCUUUCAGGAGGCCAAGAAACAGCUGAGGAAGAUUGACAAGUGUGAAGGGAGGUUUCACAACCAACAAGAUGCCAAUGGCAAGGUGAUCAACAGGAGGACUUCCAAGUUUUGCUUGAAGGAGCAUAAAGCUCUGAAGACACUGGGCAUUAUCAUGGGCACUUUUACCUUGUGUUGGCUCCCUUUCUUCAUCGUGAACAUAGUCCAGGUGAUUUACAAGGAAGCCAUUCCUGACAGUGUUUACACCUUCUUGAACUGGGUGGGCUAUGUCAACUCUGCCUUCAACCCACUCAUCUACUGCAGGAGUCCAGACUUCAGAUAUGCCUUUCAGGAGUUAUUGUGUAUGAAGAAGGCCAGCACCAAGCUCUACACCAAUGGAUAUCCCCAGAGCAAUGGGAACAGUGUAUACAAUGAAGAAGCAGAUUCUGCUCAGCUAGGUAAAGACAUGACUACUGAGGUCUACUUAAAGGAGGACAAAUGUCCAAGUGAAUCCUUAUUGAACUGUGAAGGUACUGUGCUAGAGUACCAUAUAGAUCCCCUGAGCAAGAAUCACAACUCUCACGAGGAUUGCUUGUUAUAGGAUCCCUUUAGGAACAGACACAACAAACUGGAUCGUUUGCAAUACAAGGGUCAAAGAGAUAUUUUUUAUUGUAUUGACGAGAAGGAAAUAGAGGUCUUUAUAUUAAAGUUAUUUCUUUAAAUUUGGGCGGUGCCCAUGACUCGCAGGAUGUAUACAUUUUAUUAGGCAAGUGUUUAUUUCUGUAUAGUUUCACUUCUUAAAUUAAGGUAAGAAGACAUUCACUAAGCAUUAAGGCUUUUUUUUUUCUAUUGUGUUGUUGUCUUAUUCAUAUUGUUGGCAGAGCAAGAAGAAUCUACCUCAUGGAUGUGAAAAAAAGAGAAAAGUUCUUGUUUUAUGUUGUUUAUAUUGUUCUUUUUUUAUUUUAUUUUUAAGAAAAAGUUUUUUUGAUUGUAAAAUGAACACUGCACUGCUGGGGCGGCUGGUCUCUCCAGCAGUGCCUGGGUUAACUUGGUGGAUGUCGAUUCCAGAUUUUGAUGACAAAAUAGAAAGAGUGUGUAGGAAUUUUGUGAGAAUGUCAUUUCUAGACCCUAAAAUUCUUUAACCUCUUCAUCUAUGGACUCCCCAACAAUGCCUAUAGCCUUUAUUAUUCUCUCAGGCAUACUUAUACAGCUGGUACACAAGAUAUAAUGAUUUUUCUAUAAAAGGUGUGUAUGAGUUCUGUCCAACAUCAUAUUGAUCAGAACUAUUUUGUACACACACUUCGAUCGGCCAUUGGAAAUCCAUUAGUUUUUUUUAUUGGAUUUCCAGUCACAAUAAACAAUCAACUGAAACUGCAAUAAUGUUUUAAAGGUUUCACAAAAAUGAUAUGGAAUCAAUUAAAUCUUAAGACUUAUCAUUGGUCACAUCGUAUGAAAAAUCAUUACGUCUAUGGAUAGCUGUAUGAUUAACCUUCAAGGUCUGGUGGAUGAAGGGGUUAAAGGUUAGGUCGAGUUCACUUAAUUUUACAACUAAAGUCUAAAGUGGAUGUACAGAACCCAUCUCCUACCUAACUGAGACCCAACAACUAUGAUGGCUACUUAGGGCCAUCAAGAAGUAUAGCCGUGUGAGGCAGAUUUGCUAGCCAAAUCCUGAUAAGUAGAAGUCAGCUAGAUAGAGGAGAACAGAUGUUUCCACUGCCUGUGUGCCGAUAAGUACUGCCCUGAAAGUUAAUCAAUUAUCUGAAGCAGUCUUGCUGGUUCAGACAGGUUUCUGGCCAGAAGAUUUGUCACUAAGCAAUUCUUCUUUAACCCCUGUCCGGAUUAAAUUCACCAUCAAUAAAAUUUGGCAUUGCUAAAAACCUUUAAGUAGUAAGUAAUGAAGUCUAUAGCAGUAAAAGGUUUUUCUAUGCCUUGCAUGACCACAUAAUAGAUCUUCCUAGAGGAAGGUAGGAGUUUCUUGUCUCCUGGUGGAGAACAUGCCAAAUUAAUCAAUUACUCCUCAUUGAUAGGAUGGGGCUUUUCCAUAAGAAUAUAGUCCUCAGGAAAUCCGAUGUCACGGUUUGAUGGGGGAUGGGUUGUCAUACUUCCACAAUAAGGUAUUCCUGUCCACCUCACAGCAUGCAGGGCCACCAUUAGAUCAGCUCUUUGCACAUUUCCAAGCCGUACAGUAUUGUAUGUUGCUCUCAUUAAAGGUCAUUGU